AUGACAGCUGACUUUGUUUUUCACGAGGUGAGGAGGGAGCGGGACGUUGAACAGCACAGCGCUGUGGUGGGGGCGCUGGAGCGGUGGUGCUAUUUGCCGUACCCAGCGUGCUCCCGCAGAAACCUGGAGCAGGUGGAUCUCUUCCUGGUGGCCUCCCCUACCUCCACCUCAGCCAGCACAGCAGCAGCAUCAACAUCAUCAACAACAACAACAACAACGACGUCGGGGGCUGUGGAGGAUGCCUCCUCAGCUAUGGUGGGCGUGGUGGGGGUUGUGUGGGUGCCUCUUGCGCCCGGUCGUGAAGUGGAGGGCUACAUUCAGGUCGUUCUCGUGCAGUCCGCGUAUCGCAGGCGCCACAUUGCAGAGGACCUGCUACAACGUGUCCUGCAGCUCGUGGGGGGCGGUGAUUCUGUCCAGAGGAUUUUUCGAUGGCGGCUGCACACUAUGGUGUCCUCGCCGCAAACCACUGCGUACCUCCGUAGGGUAUUGCCGGAAAAUGAUAAUCCGGCCGUGCAGAAUGAGUUAUUGGAGGAAAUGGAGCGACUCGUGGCUGCUGUGCCGCGCGUGUACGAAAAGUUGGGGUUCACCAUUCGGAAAAACAUGUACGCGUACUACAACAAGUCCGCAGACGCGGUGGAGAUGGUUAGGCGCGGCUGA